UGCCUGCGCCCCGCUUCUGUUCCCUGGGUUUCUCCUCCCGCCUUUAGUGGCGCAGAGGCUCAGUCCUUUGUCUUUAGAGGGAGGCCCUUUCCGGUGAGAAAGCUUCUAGUAGGCCCAGAGCUAGCAUGUGUGAGGAGCAAGGAAGAAAUAUUAAGGGUUGGGUUACUUCAAGAAAGGUUCUAUAAUUCCGAAUGUAAAAUUGCUAAGAAAAUUCCGGAUCUCGUCCCCAAAACUUGAGACCCGGGAGUGUCGGCUAAAGGGGCAGCAAGCUAUUCCAGGACAGGCUGGUUUAAGAGUACUGGAUCCCUGAAACCCUCUCCUGCCUGCCGGUCUCCUGUGGUCUGCAGGCUUUAGGACAGUGCUUUCAACCUUCCUAAUAUUGCGACAGUUGAAUACAGUUCCUCAGGUUGUGGUGACCCCCAACCACAAAAUUGUUUCGUCUCUACAUAAUUUUGCUGCUCUUAAGAAUCUUAAUGUAAAUAUCUCAUAUGCAGAAUAUCUGAUAUGCAACCCCCAAAAGGCUUGCGACCCACAGGUUAGGAGGCUGCAGGAUUCCGGAUGAGUCCAGGGAGGUGGGGUGCACAGUAAAGAUAUUUAAACCAGUUAGUUUCCAGGAUCGCUCUUCCCGCCCCUGCUGGCUUAUUAAGUGAGGAAUGAAGACAUUAGUCCAGGAUGCUCUGCCUUCAGAGUGUGUUGUGGGUGUGUCAAACAGAGAUACAGCGGCGAGGUUUAGACCUUUGUGAACUCCUUUGCACAAUGACACCUGUGCUUACUUACCUGAUGCUCGAAACUGAAUUCUAAAAAUGUCCUCAUGAAUAAACUGCUAUCAGUUAUUUUUUAAUACAAUUUUUUUAGGUCAGAGUACGAAAGUAGUUGGUUUUGUGACAGAAAUUUGGUUUUGGGUGCAUGUGAGCCCAAAUACUUGGAAGCAAGUAAAAAUAUCCAGAGUCGAAUCAAACUGAAUUCUACUGGGGCUUAGGUUAAACCUAUUUUCUCUUCCUUUAUUUCUACAUAAGGAAUAUAGGUUACUACCCAAUAAUGCUAUUACGCUCAUUGUGAUGUAAGGACCAACUUCAAAAUAUGUCAACCACCUAUGGCUAUACAAUAUCUCAGUAUAGAUUUAUAUUUUUAGAAUUUAAUUUAAGUGGGUACACAAAACUCCUUGAAAAUAAGCCAAAACUUUAUGUAACUAUUUUUCUAGGUAGGGUGAUUGGGACACAACAAAAAGGAGGUAAAUUCAGCAGAACUCUAUCAGGUGAUGCCGUUUGAGCCAUCAGUUUAAAGUAAGAGACUGCCAUAGUAGUUUUUAAUACAUAAUGCAAUUUGUAACUAAAAGCCUUUAGUAUUCUAUAGAGAGCUGCUUACAAUUGUUCCUUUGUAUUCUGUGAAUUCAUAUUUGGUAUUAAACACAUAGUUUUAUAUGCAUACGAAAUCCCAGUGAGAGAAAUGCUCAUGUAAUGAUCUGUAUACUGUGAGGAUUCAAAAGUGCUUUUCUGUUGCCAAAACUCACCUGCUGAACUGGUGAAGGGAUUCCUUUUGGAUAAUGUCCACCCUAGAUCGCAUCCAGGCCUAAUGUUAGGGCUCAGUUGCACUGUUUCCCAUAGGGCUUUAUGCUCCUUCCGAACGAGUUUAUUGCUUGUGGCAGAGCACCCUCAAUUGUGGUGUCCUUAAGGACAUUGGUCGUAUGUUUGAAUUCGCUUUUUGUGUGUGUUUUAGUUCUGCAGACUGCCAUUCCCAGUUAGACUUGCUUUUGGCGUAUCGUUUUACACUGCUGUCUAUUAUUCAUUACCUGAGUUCAUGAGGGGAGGCAGUGUUGUGAACUGCACACCGGUAAAGUUCCGGUGAGAGCAUGCUUUCUACUUCUAACCUGCGCAACUGGAUUUAACAUCGAACAAGGCUUAGUCUGGUGUUGGAUUUUCUUCGUCCAGAAUGGGUUCGUAAAAAGUUAAUAAUAAAAACAUGGAUUCGUUGACUGAAGGUCGCAGUCGAUGACAUCUUGAUAUUAAUAUGUUUGCUGCUGCUACCAAGAGCUUUGUUAAGCAAGUUGGAGAUGGAGGGAGAUUAGUGCCUGUUCCGAGCCUCAGCGAAGCAGACAAGUACCAGCCCCUGAGUCUUGUGGUUAAAAAGAAGCGGUGUUUUCUGUUUCCUAGACACAAAUUUACCUCAACUCCUUUCACGCUUAAAGAUAUCCUCCUAGGAGACCGAGACAUUUCAGCUGGCAUUUCAUCUUAUCAGUUACUGAAUUAUGAAGAUGAGUCAGAUGUCUCCCUCUACGGAAGGCGAAGCAACCAUAUUGUGAAUGAUGUUGGGAUUAAUGUUACUGGGUCUGAUUCCAUCGCAGUCAAAGCUUCAUUUGGUGUGGUAACCAAACAUGAAGUGGAAGUAUCAACAUUACUCAAGGAAAUUACUGCACGAAAAAUUAACUUUGACCACAGUUUGAUCCGCCAAUCAAGGAGCAGCAGGAAGGCUGUGCUGUGCGUGGUCAUGGAGAGCAUCAGGACCACACGGCAGUGCUCCCUGUCUGUGCAUGCUGGGAUCCGAGGCGAAGCCAUGCGGUUUCAUUUUAUGGAUGAACAGAAUCCCAAAGGAAGGGAAAAAGCUAUUGUUUUCCCAGCACACACAACUAUAGCUUUCAGUGUUUUUGAACUCUUCAUUUACCUGGAUGGUGCCUUUGACCUUUGUGUCACGUCAGUGUCAAAAGGAGGAUUUGAAAGGGAAGAAAUGACAACCUUUGCCAUGUUCUACAGACUGAGAAAUAUGCUCUUUGAAAGAAAUAGGAGAGUGAUGGAUGCCAUCUCUCGUUCCCAGCUUUACCUGGACGACCUCUUCUCUGACUACUAUGACAAACCUCUCAGCAUGACUGACAUUUCACUCAAGGAGGGGACUCACAUUCGAGUGAACUUACUAAACCACAACAUUCCUAAGGGGCCCUGCAUACUCUGUGGAAUGGGGAACUUGAAAAGGGAGACGGUUUAUGGCUGCUUUCAGUGUUCUGUGGAUGGAGUAAAGUAUGUGCGGCUUCAUGCAGUCCCUUGUUUUGAUAUUUGGCACAAAAGAAUGAAAUAAAAGGAAAAGGGAAUAA